GGAACGUAAACAUGAAUUUGUCUGCAACACAUCCUCUGACGCUACUUUUAAUAGGUGUCAUCUUUGUAAAACGAGCAUCUUUAACUUUCAUGAAAACGGUGAAGAGGGGAACUAAUGUCUCUCUUCUGUGUUCAAACAUCUUGAAAGAGCCCAGUUAUAUAGCCUGGUUCAAGCACACAAACGAUUCUCUGCCACUUUGCAUUGCCACUCAAUAUGUGGGUGAAAAACCAGUGGACUCCAUAUAUUUGAAUGGCUUUAAGAAGAAUCAUGCAGAGAUGUCAGUGAACAAAACAUUUUCUUCCCUGAGGAUUGUAAAUGUGGACGUCUCCGACUCUGGAAUUUUUUACUGUGGAAGUUUUUUGACAAACCACAUGAUGUUUCACAACAAAACAGAGUUAGUGGUGGUAAAUGAGACUAGUCAGUCCAAAGGGGAUACAACAAAUGCGGCUCGUGGGGUGACUGAAGAAACUGAGAGAUCCUGUCACAUCUAUUAUACACUGACACUAAUCAUGAGCGGCUUGGUUUUGCUUUCCACUGUUUUUGCCAUUGUAGUCUUCAUCAGGUUUAAGGAAAGAAAUAAGCAGAAAGAAGAUGCCCAGCACCGUGAAAACAACGAGAUGAACAAACAGUUGCAGCAGUUUGGUUCACUAGGAUACACAAUCAUGGGGAAGACUGCUGAUCUGACAGAAUUUGGGUGAACUUCACAAGGAAUGGACUGAGGCUGGGGUCAAGGCAUCAAGAGCCACCACACACAGACGUGUCAAGGAAUUUAGCUACAGUUAGGCAAGGCAAGGCAAGUUUAUUUAUAUAGCACAUUUCAUACACAAUGGUAAUUCAAAGUGCUUUACAUAAAAGGAAGUGAAAUAGUCAUUAAAAAUAAUAAGAGAUUAAAAAUAAUAAAAAUCACAAUAAAAACAAAGUGAUUUAAAAAUUGAUUUUAAAAGAAUUUAAAACAUUUAUGAAUAGAAAGUGAUUAUACAUAGUGCAAUCAGUUCGGACGUAGCACAGUGCUCAUUCAACAAAUGCACAGCUAAACAGAUGAGUUUUGAGUCUGGAUUUAAAAGUGGCUAAUGUUUUAGCACAUCUGAUCUCUUCUGGAAGCUGGUUCCAACUGCGGGCGGCAUAAUAGCUAAAAGCAGACUCCCCUUGUUUUGUGUGAACCCUUGGUAUUUCUAACUGACUCGAUCCUAAUGAUCUGAGUGGUCUGUUAGGUUUAUAUUCAGUGAGCAUAUCUCCAAUGUAUUUAGGUCCUAGGCCAUUUAGAGAUUUAUAAACGAGUAAAAGUACUUUAAAAUCAAUCCUAAAUGUAACUGGAAGCCAGUGUAAGGACCUGAGGACUGGUGUAAUAUGCUCAAAUUUUCAUUCUGGAUGAGCUGCAGCUGUCUAAUGGUCUUCUUUGGAAGGCCGGAGAGGAGACCAUUACAAUAAUCCACCCUGCUGGUGAUAAAGGCAUGAACCAGUUUCUCCAAGUCUUGACUGGAAACAAAACAUCUAAUUCUUGCAAUGUUUUUGAGAUGAUAGUAUGCUGAUUUAGUUACUGCUUUGACAUGACUACUAAAACUAAGGUCUGUCUCCAGAAACACCCCAAGAUUUUUGACUUGGUUUUUAGUUGA